CGCAGAUCGGCAGAUGAGAAAAACAAGAUGGCUAUUUCUGCAGCAAAAUGCCGGUAUAUGGAUUUUAUUGAUGCUUUGACAUCAGAUUGUCGUGUACUACUUGCACGUUUCGAAGAAAAACAAAGUGUUCGUUUUGAGGCUUUCUGUGAAGUAUGGAAGCAGCUUAAGUUUUCACUUAUUCAUCAGUAAGUUCAUUGUCAUGAAUACUAUAAUUUACCCUUAUAAAUAUACCAGCAUGCAUAAUCAGAGUAUUAAAUCGAUUAUUAAUCAAAUGUGUUAUCCACCAAUGUUAGUUGUUUAAUUGAUGACUUAUAUUGUUUAAUAUGUUCUUUGAUGUGUUGAUUUUCAAUAGUGUUCUAGUGCAUAGUCAGAUUUUAUUUGAAGUGUUUUAUUGGAUUCGCGGACUAUUUUUACUUAGUAUAAUUACAUAGGUGAUUAUUGAAAAUUCUCCACGCUGAUUGGUUGCCGUUGAGGUGAUUAUUACGCGAUAAUCACCUAAGCUAUUUUCAAAAUGGCGGCCGAAGCCUUUUUGUUAAUUAAAUGAUGAAGAAAUGUGUAUUUUCUUAUUUUUUCCAAAUAAUCACCUAUGAAAUUAUACUAAAACAAUUAUUCACCUCAGGCUCGGUGAUUAUCGUCAAUAAAAACCUCGACUUCGUCUCGGUUUUUAUUCACCGAUAAUCACCUCGCCUUCGGCAAAUAAUUGUUAAUUAGGGGCUGUUUGCCGAGAGAAACAGGGGGGUGCUACCACCCCUCCAAAAAAAUGUUCAUCCCCCUAAUAUUCGGCAUAAUAAAUAAAAACUUAAAUAUUUCACUCCAACGUGCAGAGUGUUGAUGAUACAAAAUAAACGUUGGAUUACACUUGAACAGAAAAAGACAGUGCAACACUCUGAAACUAAUCGCUCGUCACUUGCAUUCACUGGUUUAUUGGAGCAAUUGUAAAGUUUUGAAACUCUAUUAUCUCCCUGAAUAGAGUUUGCAGUGCCUUGUCAUGCGAAUAGCUUGCACGCAAGGAACGUUUGGAAUUUUUACGAACAUUAUUCUUAGUUUUUAAUUCUUUUAGGCCCAAAUAUAAUUUACAUCAGAUUCGGGAGACUGUUUAAUGCGAAUAAUUAUCAUGUUCGUUGCAAUAGUUGUGUGAUGACAUUUCUACUUUCUAGGCAGGUUGUUGACGUUGCAACACUGUUGUUUGUGCAAAGUAAUUAUCACCAUAUAAGGUGUAGAGCACUAGUGCCACCCCUGAUGAUGCGUAAAAUACCGUAUGCUGUAUAUCAAUUAUGUACAGUAUAGUAUGUAGUUCAUAGCAGUUCAAGUUUCAUCAUAAAUUGUACUCGGAUUCAAACAACACAAUGUCAAUGACUUUAGUAAAAGUAAAAGCAUAUUGUGUAUUGGGUUUACACUUUUACAAGUUCAUUUAACUUUAACUCUCUAAAGUCUCAACAGACAAUCGGACAUGCCAAAUCCAUUGAUAUGACAACUUUUUUCGAAGCUAGAAAUCAUGAUUUUUUUCAAUUUUUUUCUGGGAUACUUUGUUUUCUGCUCUAAAGACUCCCCCUUGUGGCUCUAGUGCUCCACCCCUAGAAUAACCUGAGUAUCAGGCCCUUAUGUUUUCAUUCGCCAGGAUAAUUGGCGGCGAAAUUAUGAAGGAGGGCCUGAUACAAUUCUUUACCGCGGAGCAUGUAAAAAGCCAGAUUCUGGCUUUUUCGUCUGAUUGGCCGAUUAGACAAACGAUUUUUUAAAUCUGUUAUUUGAUUGGCUGGUGCUAAUUAGAUUAUACUAUUGUUGUUGAUAUAUUUUAUAACAAUCACAACUACAAUUAUAGCCGGCCCACUAAACGGCUGAAUUUAAAUUAAAACUGCAGUAAAAUUAGAAAAUAAUUGCAAAUUAGCGAAAUAUAUUGCAAAUGUAGCUUAUAUUAAAUCGCCAUCAGAUUGCACUAUCGACUAACUGACGUAUAGUUAUAAAAUAUACUCAAAUAUAUAUAGUUUAUAAUUAUAUGUUAGUUUGUUGAUAAAUAUGGCAAGCGCCAUGUAAAGCUCAUUGUAGUCACUGAAACCUCUGCGGAGGAGAGAGCAAUCGGGUGGCGAUUUAAUAUAAGCUACAUUUGCAAUAUAUUUCGCUAAUUUGUGAUUAUUUUUGUUAAUUUUAUAAGUUCAUUGCAGUUUUAAUUUAAAUUCAGCCGUUUAGUUGGCUGCCUAUGCUAUAAUUAGAUUGUUGUCGUUGUGUGAAAUUUAAAUUUCUCCUGCGACAUUUUGAUUGGAUACUAAAUAUAAACUUUGCUGUGGGUGGAAAGCGAUCAGGUUAAGUUUUGUGUCAGGCUCUAUUUGUAAAAUAGAGCCUGAUACUCAGGUUACCCCUAGAAUAUAGACCUCACUGGGGUUUGGUGACACUUUGUGUUGCUUCAGUCACCUGCUCAUGGCUCACCCUAAAAUUUAUGGCACCACCCCAGUAAAAAAUAUGAAAAUCCGUAUAUGUCUAGUGACUGCUAUUAAUUAAUAACAGGUCAAAUAUUAAAUGCAUCAGUCAAAUCCAAGCAUGCCCAUCCGCGGCCGACCCCGGGCUUUUGACAAUUUUCAAAAAUAUGUGACAAAUUCCCGGGGGUGGGGAUAAAAAACAUGCGAAAAUGGCAGCAGCGUAGCAAAUAAUAAGUAGAAAAUCCCCCACCCCGGGGACAGCUGGACUGUUUGGCUAAGAAGAGUAGUUUAUCCAACUACUAUACCUGAAAAUAAAGAGAAUACUUUUUUCGACUUAUUGAGCGAAUGUAUAGCCCAAUUAUUUGGCUUGCGUUGCAGGCUACCAAGUAUUGUGCGCCAUACUCUAGCACGUUUUUGAUGUUGUCUUGCUCUAGUGCAUUUAUUUUUAAAGUUUGCGACAUGGUUCGAAUUUAUGCAUUUUUAAACUACAACUUGACUGGUUUACAUUCUAUAUUAUAUAUAUUCUACAGCAUUAAUCAAUUUAUUAAAAAAUGUUCUGAAACUGGUAUUGUUUUGUUUUAUAUUAUUAUCAAGAUGUCGGUGAUCGUAAAACCUCCAAAUCUUUUAUUUCAAAUGCCCCACCCCCAGGCAAAGGUUUGAGUUCAAAUGCUCAACGUGCUUUGGAGGAAAACACCCCAUGGAGACUGGGGGGGGGGGGGGGGCACACUUGGAUUUGACUGAUGCAUAACUUGUAGACCAACAGUCCUCACUUGUCUUCUUAACCAUUUUUGAGUAGUUCAGACAAAAACCUCACCAGUUUAAAAUGUUUAAAGUUGAAAUUUAAAGUUUAAAGUAGAAAUUGGGAUUUAUCUCUUCAUUUAUGACUGUUUUGUUUUUAGUGCUGGUGAUAGUGAAAUGGAAAAAAUUCAGGUAUAGAUGAAUUCAAAUGUUUUAAAAUCGAACCUAGUUGUGCAUUCCAGGAGAGCACAAUAGGAG